AUUAUAACUGACAGAAGAAGUGACCUCUUCGUGUGCAUUCGUAUAAGUAGUCGGUGUAUUUGUGUGGACACCCCUUUCUUAUUAAUUUUGUAUUUUAAUAACAGCAUUAAAAUGUUUGUAGUUAGAGGAGUCCUGCGCCUUACACAGAGGUUGGCUGGUGUUAGUGUGUCGAGGCGGGGAUGUGCCGGUGCUGUUGCCGUGGACGACAUCGUUAAUGGACUAACAGAUGAACAGAUUCAGCUCCGACACACAGUUCAGCGGUUCUGUCAAGAAAAGCUUGCGCCGUAUGCUGACGAGAUAGACAAGGCAAAUGAUUUUCCACGUAUGAGAGACUUUUGGAAAGAGGCAGGUGCACUGGGAUUACUUGGAAUUACAGCUCCAGUGGAGUAUGGUGGAACAGGACUAGGCUAUCUUGAUCAUGUAAUCGUGAUGGAAGAGAUAUCACGGGUGUCAGCAGCUGUUGCUCUCAGCUACGGUGCACACUCCAACCUGUGUGUCAAUCAGCUUGUGCGCCAUGGCAACCAGAAUCAGAAAGAAAAGUAUCUCCCGAAGUUAAUUACAGGAGAAUACAUAGGCGCCCUGGCUAUGAGCGAGCCCAACUCCGGCUCUGACGUCGUAUCUAUGAAACUGACUGCAAGGAAAGAAGAUGACCACUACGUUUUGAACGGGAACAAGUUCUGGAUCACGAAUGGACCUGACGCGGACGUCCUGAUUGUGUACGCGAAGACGGACGUAAACGCAGCUGCACGCGGAAUCUCCGCCUUUGUUAUAGAAAAGGGAAUGCCUGGUUUCAGCACUGCACAGAAGCUAGAUAAGCUGGGAAUGAGAGGCUCCAACACAUGCGAGCUCGUCUUUGAAGACUGCAAGGUUCCAGAGAAGAACAUGUUGGGACCGUUGAACAAAGGCGUUUACGUACUGAUGAGCGGACUCGACCUGGAGAGACUGGUGCUCUCAGCCGGGCCUAUUGGCAUUAUGCAAGCUGUGCUGGAUCACGCUAUUCCUUAUCUGCAUGUCCGAGAAGCAUUCGGUCAGAAGAUCGGCCACUUUCAGCUGAUGCAAGGAAAGAUGGCCGACAUGUACACCCGACUUAGUUCGUGUCGCCAAUACACGUAUAACGUGGCCCGUGCUUGUGACAAAGGCCACUUCAGUGCCAUGGACUGUGCUGGGGUCAUCCUUUAUUGUGCUGAGAACGCCACUCAGGUUGCCUUGGACGGGAUUCAGUGCCUGGGUGGAAACGGUUACAUUAAUGACUACCCAAUGGGCCGCUUCCUGCGAGAUGCUAAGCUCUACGAGAUCGGCGCAGGCACCAGCGAGGUCCGAAGGAUGGUCAUUGGCAGGGCGUUCAACGCCAGGUUCAAAUAAGACUGCUGUCGAACAGGAAGCUAUCACCAGGGAUCUAGUGGAUACGCCUUUCACGGAUUUCUGUUAUAUUACCAUAGGCACCGAUUAAGCAAGAAGAUCAACUUGUAAAGCUUGUGAACUUCUUGUACAACACAAUAGCAAUUAAAGACUGAUUUAUAUAAAUGCAUUUGAUUCCAGUAGGGGAAAAUUGGUGAGUAAUUAAUAAUCUCGGUCUUUAUAUAGUAUGUGUUACGAAGCUCAGCAAAGCUAAAAGCAUUGCUGGAAAUUAUUAUUAUUAUUAUUAUUAUUAUUAUUAUUAUUAUUAUUAUUAUUAUUAUUGAAAAACUGUAUUCUGUGAAACAGACUGAUCUUACACACACACACACACACUUCAGAAUGUUUGUUUAUAUAAUGUAGAUAAAAAUACACUAAAAAAAAGUUUUAUUUUUUUGUGUGAUUCUGCAGUAUAUAGUUAACUGUAUAAAAGCAAUGGGUUUCUGUGAUGUCUUUCCAAUAUAAUCGCCAGUCGCAAAGUA